AUGAGGUGGACCAACACCACCUCUGGCUUUGUGCUAAGGAGGAUGGCUGCCCUUGUUAAUGAUGGUAGCAGGCCUGAAAAGGUUUUCAAGGACAAAGAUGUGAAUUCUGUGGCCAAAGUCCUCAAGCAGUUCUGUAGGGAGGUUGUUAGCCCAACUCAAGUGUACAGCCACUUGAGGAAGUGGAGGCAGAAAUGGGCUAGGGUGAGCAAGUUGAAGGACCUUAGUGCUGCUCUUUGGGAUGACCAGGCUCAUGCUAUCAUGCUUGAGCAAGAGCACUACCUUGGCCACUGCAAGGACCAUCCUAAAGAUGUAGAGUUUCUUAACUGCCCUAUUAGGUUCUACACUGAGAUGGAGGCUAUCUUUGCUAAUGCCAUGGCCACAGGCAAAUUUGCACUUGGGUCUGGUGAAGCCUUCGGGCAGAACCAGGCUGACAGUGUUGGUGCUAAGGCUGAUGGUCCUCCUUUGACCCACACCACAGUUCCCAGUGAACAAGGAGGGAAUAGCAAGGCCACUGAACUACUUCCUACCUCCUCAGCUGCUGGCCCAAAGAGGAAGAGAGGGAACUUCUCUGAGGAGGAGACGCUCAUGUUGACUAACAUGUCAGAUGCUGUGAACAAUGUGGCCAAUGCUCUUAGGGAGACUGGACCUGCCCAUGUUGAUGCCAAUCUGUACCUUGCUGUGAUGGAGAUGCCUGGCUUCAGUGAGGAGGCACUUAUUGUUGCCUACACCUUCCUCCUGGACAACAAGGCCCAAGGCAGGGGCUUUGUGAACAUGAGUGAUGCCCAUAGGGCCCUUUGGCUUAGGACCUUCCUGGCCAAAAACUACUAUGUGUAG